GUGAUCUCGUCGCCCGCAUACGCCUGGUAGCUGGCUACGCUUGUUUGUUUUUAUAUAAAAACGCAGCUUUCAAAAGCAGGCAGUACUGCUAGCUACAGCAGAAGCUGGAAGAAGACAUGGCGCGUCUGGUUGCCGUUUGCAGGGACGGGGAAGAGGAUUUCCCUUUCCUCGCAAGACAGAUCCCCCUGUACAUCGAUGACACGCUAACAAUGGUGAUGGAAUUUUCUGACAAUGUGCUGCACCUUGAAAGCCAUCAGAUUAACAGUUCACAGAUGAAACAGUUCAUACAGAAUCACAGCAUGCUGAAGCAGCAGGACCUCAACAUUGCCAUGAUGGUGACUUCGCGGGAGGUGUUCAGCGCUCUGUCCCAGCUGGUGCCGUGCGUGGGCUGCCGGCGCAGCGUGGAGCGCCUCUUCUCCCAGCUGGUGGAGUCGGGGAACCCAGCCCUGGAGCCCCUCACCGUGGGCUCCACAGGAGUGCUCUCCGUCACCAGGGCCUGCAUGGCGGACGCCAAGAAACUCUACAUGCUUUUCUACGUGCAUGGGUCAAAGUUGAAUGACAUGAUCGAUGCUAUUCCUAAAAGCAAAAAGAACAAGCGCUGCCAGUUGCACUCCUUAGAUACACACAAACCCAAGCCUUUGGGCAGCUGUUGGAUGGACGUGUGGGAGCUCAUGUCUCAGGAAUGCAGGGACGAAGUUGUUUUGAUCGACAGUGCCUGUCUUUUAGAAACCCUUGAAACGUACUUGCGUAAACACCGGUUUUGCACUGACUGCAAGAACAAGGUACUGAGGGCAUAUAACAUUCUGGUGGGCGAGCUGGACUGCAGCAAAGAGAAGGGCUACUGCGCGGCCCUGUACGAGGGCCUGCGCUGCUGCCCCCAGGAGCGGCACAUCCACGUGUGCUGCGAGACCGACUUCAUCGCCCAUCUCCUUGGCCGAGCCGAGCCCGAGUUUGCCGGAGGGUAUGAGCGUAGAGAAAGGCAUGCCAAAACCAUUGACAUUGCUCAAGAGGAAGUCCUAACCUGUCUGGGUAUCCACCUGUACGAGCGUCUGCACAGGAUAUGGCAGAAGCUGAGAGCCGAGGAGCAGACCUGGCAGAUGCUUUUCUAUCUGGGCGUGGACGCCUUGCGCAAAAGCUUUGAGAUGGCGGUGGAGAAGGUGCAGGGCAUCAGCCGGCUGGAGCAGCUGUGCGAGGAGCUGUCGGAGGAGGAGCGCGUCCGCGAGCUCAAGCAGGAGAAGAAGCGGCUCAAGCGCAAGAACAGGCGCAAAAACAAGUGCGGCUUCGACGUGCCCGGGCAGGAGGCCGAGGACAAGGACAAGAGCCUGGAUGAGGGCUCUUUGGAGUCCGUGGAGAACGGCUGCACUGCCUGUGGCACUUCAGAGGAGUUAAACGGAUGUGUGGAAGUCAUCGUCACCAAUGAGAGCUCCACGUGCAGCUGUCCCGACAGUGCAAUACUGGGCUCACCAAACGCCAAGAAAGGCUUGUUACCACAUUGCAAUGGCAGUGACUGUGGCUACUCCUCGAGCAUGGAGGGCAGCGAGACGGGCUCGCGAGAGGGCUCAGACGUGGCCUGCACCGAAGGCAUCUGCAACCACGAUGAAACAGGUGAAUAUUCUUGCAGCCAUCGCUACACUGAGGAUAAGGAGGAGGAUGGCAUUGACAGCUGUGUGGAGUGCUGGGCCAACUCUGAAGAGAACACAAAGGGCAAGAGCAAGAAGAAGAAGAAGAAAAACAAAGGUCUGGCAUGCGCUGAUGAUCAGGGUCACAAGGCGGAGGGCUGUGUGGUGGACGCGAGCAGGAGAGGAUCUGCGGGGAGCGCGCACAGCGUACCGCACACCUGCAGAGCCAAAGAAGCCUGUGUGAAACUCUGCUGCGACACCUUUGCGAACAUUGCACUCAAGUUGCCUUGGGCAGAACACCGAAAAACCAUGAACUGCACCGCCGGGCCGCCGGAUGCAAGCUCGUGUGCGCGCUGGGACAGCAGCACUAAGAGUCUAAUGGAACUCCUCGAUGAAUCUGAAGUCACUUCAGACGAGGAGAACUGUCUCACGCAAGACGAAAUCCAGUCAUUUGUGGAAAACAACAAAUCGUUCUACAAUAACCGAGAUCAGUACCGACAGCACCUGAAAGAUAAAUUUACCAAGUACUGCCGCUCAAACGAGCAGAAGAAACCGGUUAACAGUGGGGACUGGCUGACCACAGCUGGCGUGAAGUAAUGACCUGAACACAAAUCUGUAUUUUUAUGGAAAUGCUCAUAAUGACCACUGCGCCGCCUUUAAAAUUUCUGAAGUACAUUCGGUGUCUUGUUCGAUUACUUUUCUUUUUUUUUUCUCAUCGGAAGUGAAUGUGAUUUUUUUUCUUUUGUACUUCCUUCCUGCCCCCAACCCAUUCCUCUCUGUCCACCUUGCUAUUUAUUUCUGGCAUCACUCUGAGGGCUGGUGGCAGAGAGCACAGUUGAUUUGAUUCUUCAGGCUUUGCAAGCUGUGACAUUAAGGUAGAUGUGGUAGUCUCUCUUAUGUUUCUCUUCUCUUCCAUUUAUUGUUUCUCUGACUGUGACACUUCAUUUUAGUGGCAAAUGUUGUACCAAUAAAUGUGUACAGAAAUGAAAUUAUCUGAAUAUAAAGAUUUUACUAAAAAAAGACAUCCAUUUAUAAAGAGGUUCGGAUGUAAUGUU